AUGCCUCUAAGCGAUACCGAGGCAACUCCGGAGAGGAGCAUGGACCUUGUUGUCAAGGGCCAUCAUCACCCAUCGAACUCCGAGGUUGGAAGAAUCUCUAUUCCUAUGUGGGAUAGCUCAGACCCCGAGCGUGCACCUCCGCCGUUACCUUUGAACCCCGGUGCUGGCAGCCCAAAGACGAGAUCGAAUGCUUCUCCCGGUAUUCAGGCCGCAACAGCAAGUCUCGCAGAAAAGAUGCGCGAAAAUGCCCCCUCCUCCUAUACUAUAAACCCCAUGCCUCUCAAGUCAUCUCCAGAGAAGUCCCUCAUCAAAGGGCAAUAUCACAGACGAAUGCAGUCGCUGCAGCCAACCAGUGACACGCGAUCUGAAUUUCGCAACUACCUCGACAAUAAAUCACCAGACCGAAAAUCUCGAACAACAAUCUUCGACCAUGAUGAUUUUCUGGAUAAAAGUCCGACUCGAUCAGGAGCUCGAGACUCUGGCCGUGACUCCCCAUCUCUCUAUGUCUCCAGCCGUUAUCUGUCCAAACCUAUACUGGGCGAAAACACCCCGCCUUCUGCCACUAUGCUUGCUCUUCAGACAAUGCAACUUCCUAGCGAUGAGCCCAAGUCGGCGGAGACUUCACGAUCAUCGACGACUACUGGAUCUCCCAACAUGGACGGCCUAUCUGCACAGAUUCAAAGUCUAACGACCAUCGCAACUAAUCUACAGAAGGAAAUGUCACAAUUAAGCAGGCGUAGUAAAGACAACGCCACUGAUCUGCUUAGUCUGAAAGCGGCCACCAACAGCCGCGACGAAGACAUUAGGAAGAGCAUCCGUGACUUGGCCAGCAACAUCACCUCAAAGUUCCUAGACCCUGAAAGUGCAAGUUCAAGGUCUGCAACCUUCGCAUCAGUCAGAAGUGGAUAUAGUAGUAUUGACAGCAAGCCAUUCGACAGCUCGCCCAAUUCCCGAAAGUCCUUCACCCUUCCCCGCGUACCGAGUCCUGGUAGUUUUGCCGCAGCUCUGGAAAGGGACCUCUGCGGAUCGCCUGCGCAAAUCAGUGACGGUUCUGCUAGCAUUGCCUUGUUGGAAAAAGUACUGCGUGAAAUGGCCACGAAAGAGGCACAGGAUCAAUUGCUGGAACUGGUUGAUGAGGUCAAAAAGAGGCCCGCCAAGGAUGGAGGCACCAAAGACGCCGAUCAGAAUGUCACCAAGAUGCUUGAAGAAAUCUUGAAUCUAGUCAAAGAGAAUCCGACAAAUCGCGCCUUGGUUAGGUCUGGCCCAGACUUGGACGAAGCUUCUCCUCAAAGUACACGAUCUGGCCCGGUUAUACUUAGCCACGAUUCUCAAACGGGCGAUCAGAAGAGUGCUGUUAGCGAGGAGGUCGUGGGUCUCCUAAACAGGGUUAAGAACAGCGUUGCCGAAGGCGGAGGCUUGACAAACGAAGUCAAAGCUCUGGUUCGUGAGCUACGAGGUGAAGUAUUGGGCAUGGGACGAGAAAUUGGCCGGAAACUGGAUGAAGCAGCAGAAGCAAAGCCCAACAACGACGCUCCACACGCGCUAGAAGCAGAUGAAGUCGCAGAAAUUGUUCGCGAUGGGCUUGCGGAGCUCAAAGAGCAAAUGCAUGCUUUGAUUCAAGAACACCAACAGACCUUGUCUCGGUCCGUCUCGCGUGAAGGUGUAGAUGCAGCAGAAGUAUUUACAGCUGUCAGGUCCGCCUUAGACGAGUUCACCUCGAAGCAGUUGUCAGCUCCAGCCACAAGUAAUGCCGGUAUGGAGAAGGAAGAUAUUCUAGAAGCAGUCAGGGAGGCCUGGGAAACAUAUAAGCCAGAGAUUGAACUUCAAAAUUUUGGUCUCGAACGAGAAGAAAUUCUAGACUGUUUGAGUGAAGGUCUCAAAGCUUAUCAACCCAAGAAUGAGGAGGCUGUGACCUACGAUCAUGUUUUGGCUGCAGUCCAGGCUGGAAUGCAAAGCUUUGUGCCGCCUCCUGUUGAAGCGCCACCCUCCAUCACUCGGGAAGAAGUGUCAGCAGCAGUCAAAGAGUGCUUCGAAUCUUUUGAAUUGACUAUCCCAGAGCCUAAUAUUACGAAAGAGGAUAUCUUUGCCGCUGUAUCAGAAGCAAUGGCCAACCAGCGAGAGCCACCCAGUGACGAUGCACCCCAAAUUACUCGGGAUGAUGUGUUCGAUGCGGUAGCGGAAGCCAUAAGCCAGAGAGCAGUACCCGACACUUCGAACGCCGGGUUAACUCGUGAUGAUGUUCAUGGUGUUGUAGUAGAAGCCAUGAUUGGCCAACGGGCUCUAUCGCAGGACGAAACAAGCCCAGGACUGUCACGGGAUGAUGUUUUCAAUUCGGUGACUGAAGGCCUUGCAGCACACUUUGCAGCUGCUAGAGAAAUGGGAGAAUCACCGGUGACUCGAGAAGAAGUUUUCCAAGCGGUUAGUGAUGCACUAGCUGCUCAUCCGAACAUUGAGAAUGGCCUGGAACCUGGUUUAACUCGGGAAGAAAUUAUGAACGCCAUUUCGGAUGGCCUAAUGAAUCAGGGAUCCAGCAGCAGAGAGCUUGAACUGAAAAAGGACGACCUCACUCGAGAAGACGUUUUCCAGGCGGUUAGCGAUGCGCUAGACUCCCAUCCAAGCGCUGGACAAAACCUAGAGCCAGGACUGACGCGAGAAGAUAUGAUAUCCGCGAUUUCAGAAGCCCUAAGCAAUCAAACUUCCACGAGCCGAGAAAUUGAACUGAAAAAGGACGACCUAACUCGAGAAGAUGUUUACCACGCGGUUCACGAUGCGCUAGACUCCCAUCCCAACGCUGGACAUACCACGGAGCAAGGACUGACUCGGGAAGAUAUCAUCUCCGCAAUCUCAGAAGGCUUGAAUAAUCAAACUUCAACGAGCCGAGAAAUUGAAUUGAAAAAGGAGGACCUUACUCGAGAAGACGUCUUCCAGGCUGUCAGCGAUGCACUGGCUUCUCAUCCACAUGCUGUUAAUGGCUUGGAGCCUGGAUUAACUCGGGAGGAUAUUAUAAGCGCGAUAUCAGAAGGCUUGGUCAAUCAGAGUUCUAUCAGCCGAGAAAUCGAAUUGAACAAGGAUGACCUUUUUGAAGCUGUGACUUCAGGUCUGCAUGAAGCGGCAGCCUCUUCUCAUGUCAAUAUCGGAGAUCAAGUCCUCGAUCGCCUUCGUGACCUCCUCCAAGAUAUGAAAGACGAAUUCAAGCAAUAUUCCGCAGCAAAUGGACGAGAUACCGAGCAAGUCCUCGAUUCUAUGAAAGAUGGACUCCAGGGACUCAGGAGUCAAAUAGAGUCCUAUGUAGAUCAUACUACAGAUGCUACGGGCAAAGAGGAAAUUAUAUCUACUGUCAAGGAGGGCUUCAGACUGCUACAGGCAGAUCUGGAGCAUUCUAUCAAUGAGGCAGCUCUCGGAGCGUCCGGUUCGCGCGGCAAUCCUGACACGCCCGAGCUUCUUGAUGCUAUGGAAAAGGAAUUCGAACAUCUUCGAUCGACACUCAGCAACCUGCUGAUCCGCACUGAAACUUCUAGUGACAAAGUCGAAAUCCUUGAUGCGAUCCACGAGAUCAACGUCAGUACUAACUACGAAGCCAAUACUUCUAAGGUGAUUCAAGCUGUCAAGGAAGAGUUUGAAAAUAUCCGUGACUCUAUUGGAAUGAGCCUCGUGAAGGCAGGCCCGUCUGAUAAGGAUGAAAUCAUUUCAGCUCUCCAUGAAAGCUUCGAAAAUCUUCAGGCUGAAACAAUACAAAAACGAGAUGCCAAUGAAAGCACUCUCUCAAACACAAGCGAAUUACUGGAAGCCUUCAAUGAUGGUGUGGAUGCUAUUCGUGCCGAUCUGGAAACUCUCAUCCAUAAGUCAGAUGAGCAGAAUAGCACUGAGGUACUUGAUGCAUUGAGGGAAGGAUUGGCCUCUAUUAAAACGGAAAUGGAAGCUUUGCGAGAGUCACAGAGAGAAUUUGAGGAGACGUCGACUACCCGGGGCCAAGAAUUAAUGCUCGCAAAUGAAAACAACAGCAUUGGUGGUGACAUGGAAGGGCUGAAGACCCUUCUUACUCAGCUGCAGGUCAAGGUUGAAGCAAUCGAAAUGAAUUCAGCGCCUGCGCCACCGCCUGAAGAUGCCCUCAAAAGGGAACACCUGGACGAAGUUCUUUCAGCUGUGAGAGAUGUUCAUGGCUCUGUCACUGAAGUGAGCACUCGUGAGCCUCCAGUUGAUCCAGGCGCUGCUCGUAAGGAGGAUACAGAUAUCAUCGAAACACUCUUACGAGAUACAGCGGCCAAGAUUGAAGAUUUCCAUAUCCCAUUACCCGAGGACUUUGCUAAGCCUGAACAAUUCAUGAACCUUGAAGUUAUGGUUUCAGAAUUGAAAGAUGCCAUUGCCGAGGUAGCUGCACGACUUGAAACUGAAGGUUGUACCAAAGCCGAGAUUGGCACCCUGGAAACCCUUAUGAAGGACUUGUGGGUUGCUGUGGAUGAAUCGAAGAAUCAGACCAAGGAACCCCAGGAAGAUUCUGAACGGGUUGUCAAGAGCGAUCUUCAAACUGUGGAGGCGAUGAUAUGUGAAGUCAAGAACAGCAUCGAAGAAUUGAAGCUUCCCGAUGUGGACACGCUUCCCGUAAAAUCAGAUGUUGAAGCCCUCGUUGAGGUUGUCAAUUCCUUCAGAGAGAAAGUUGACGCGGAAGCUGAACUGACCGCUCAAGCCUUUGAAGCGCGCAAGGUAGAGCACGGAGGCUUGGCCGAGAAGAUCGAGGAGGCUAAAAUCGUUGUUGCUGACCUGCGCGAAGAAUUGAAAGGCAAGCUUGAUGGAAGUGAGCAAGGAUUAUCAGAGCUCAAGACGCUUCUGGAGGGUCUUGCGGUGUCGUCUGAGGCCUUCUCGACUGUAGAGAGUGUCAAGGAACUCAGCGAUCUCAUCAACAGGGAAUUCGAGCGUGCACGCGGUGAACAGGAAGCCACCAAACUCGAGACGGAAGAACGAGAUGCUACUGCACUAAUUAAGCAAGACGAGAACCGAGCUGCCCUGGUAGCAGAGAUCGAGAAGAAAGUGGAUGAGAGAAUUGACGAAAUUCUAUCCAAAUAUGAUGACCUUCAAGGAGUCCUUGACAUAAAAUUCUCGGAAACCGAAGCUCGAGAUACCACACAUGUUGAGCAUUUGACAGACACCAAGGGCAUUGCAGAAGACAUUAAGCUGAUCAUCGGUGCUAUGGGAAACAGCGUUAGCGAGGCUUGUGAGCGCAUGAGUGACGAUACGAAAACUCUCUUCACAAAGAUCAGCGAAUCAUACGGCAAGAUGGAAGAAAUGCAUAAUGAAAUCAAAGAGUUCAACGAACUAUCGAAGGCAGAAUUAGAGAAAACUUCCUCUGCGACAGACCGAGUUGAAACUCAGAUUCUUGAAUAUCAUCCCCAGAUUCUCGGUGCGAUCAAAGACAUUCUUCUCCUUGUUGGGCAGCAUUACGAGCACUCCCAGAGGACGAAUGAAGAACUUAAGACGAAUCUCUCAGCUAUUCCUGCUGCCAUCCCAUCAAUGCUCCCUGCUUUGCCAGCUCCGCCGGAACCUCGAGAAAUUAUUAUACCCGAGAAAUAUGAUGACUCUGGGCUUCACUCCAAACUCGACCUAAUUAUGAACCAUGCAGAGAGCACCAGCAAGAUUAUACCCGAGAAAUACGACGAUUCUGGGCUUCACUCCAAGCUCGACCUAAUUAUGAGCCAUGCAGAGAGCACCAGCAAGACAAUCUCGAGCAUGGAUAAAUUAGAUCAAAUCCAUGAGAAGGUCAUGAAUACGUCCCAGGAGAUUACUGAAAUGGUUGCUACGCAGUCACGCCUCGUAGUGGAAGAUUAUGAGCGUAAGAAACGGGAGUCUGAAGAAGCUGCCUAUGCUCUCGAGAGGAGACUUGCGCAAAAAGAGAAAGUUGAAUCUGAAAUUCUUGGUUUGAAUGAUGAGAAAGAGUCGCUUUUGAACAUCAUCCAGACCUUGAAGCACGAGAAGGAGCAACUCACUAAGCAAAACACGAAGCUUGGCAAGGAACUCUCUGGGUUGGAGACUGCCCUCGACAUCCGUCAGCGUGAGAUGGAAUUCUUCGAAGAGCGUGCACAAGGCCUAGAGAAACGCAUCCUUGCUGGGGUCUUCGAUCACGCUAGGACCAUGAUCAUGAAGGAAAGUGGUCGUGGGAAAAACCGAAUGAGUCUCAGGAGGAUUCCAAGCUAUGGCAGCACAACAACUAAAACGAGUCGUGCAAGCACUACCACUCCUGCCAAGGACACUCGAAGCUUGGUGAGCAAUGGGGUGGAAAUGGUUCUGAAGCGUCGACAGCCAGCCAAGUCUUCAGCCUAUAACGGAUCUUCCAUCUCCUCUAAUGGCGGCAAAGAGCGCAGAAUACUCAGUCUCAGCAACGUAACGGGCAACAGGGGAGUUAUGGACCGUCAUGUUACGGCUCCAGUUGGUACUGGAGGUCUGACCAACCUCAAGCGAAGCCACUCGGUCCGGUCCAAUCUACCAUCCCGCAAGACUUCCUGGGGCACGAGGGAUUUCAGUUCUAAUAAAGAGAACGAGAGCUUCCUGGAAGAAGACGAACACAUGAGUGUUGCCCAGAGCGAUGCUGAGACAGAAAGAACAACCAACACUGGUCAUUAUUCAGAGAGUGUGACCGAUGACAGCGGCAGGACUGUCUCAGCUAGUCGUCAGCCCAGUUAUGCUAGCACUACGAAUGGACUCGUGGCUGAACAUAACGCUUCGAUUCUGGAGGAAGACGGCGAGGAUGAAGAAGAGACUGAGCGCAAGGAAACUCCACCUGACAGUGAUUCCGACCACUCUGAUGCUGAAUUACACAAAGACCGACCCGACAAUGAGCUUGAUGAUGAAGGAGAUUAUCAAACUACCAUCGACGAGCAAGAAGAGUACUCCGGGCUUGACGAUAUGGAAUCUGAAUCAUACCUUGAGGCACCACCAGAAUUGAAAAUCCCGGGGCAAAACGACAGCGGCAUUGGAAGCGAUAUACAUCAUAACCACAUAGUUUCCGUGGAGUAA